CCACCUCUAGUCAUUCCAGACUCAGACCACAAGUUGCAAUGUGCAUACUGGCUGUGGUUUAGUCGGAGAUCUCCAGGCAAACAGGCAUCUCUUCAGAGUUAUGAUCAAAAUCUAAAACUCAUUGGGCGCUUUGGAUCAGUUGAGCAAUUUUGGGCCCUAUACAGUCAUUUAGUGCACCCCUCAGAACUCCAAAGCCAUAGUGAUUUCCAUCUAUUUAAAGUUGGCAUCAAACCAAUGUGGGAGGAUGAAGCCAACCAAAGAGGUGGAAAGUGGAUUGUCCGGCUUCGUAAAGGUCUGGCAUCACGCUGCUGGGAGAACCUUGUGUUAGCUAUGUUAGGUGAACAAUUUAUGGUUGGCGAAGAAAUUUGUGGAGCUGUUGUUUCUAUCCGAUUUCAGGAGGACAUUUUGUCAGUAUGGAAUAGGACUGCAUCAGACCAAGCUACUACUGCAAGAAUCCGUGAUACAUUGAGAAGAGUAUUGAAUCUGCCGCCAAAUACCAUUUUGGAGUACAAAACUCAUAAUGACAGUUUAAAGGACAAUUCUAGUUUCCGCAAUACACACUUCACAAGGUAGCUGGCUACCCAUUCAACACAUCCCUAUCAUAAGUUUUUAUUUUGGAGCUGUUUUUGUUUUCUUUGUCUAUUUUUGGAAUGAAGAACAAGUGCCUGUUCAUAUUUGCUAUGCCAUAGCAAGUACUUAAUACAUUGUGACCAACAAUCUGCAAUCUGCUGUUGGGAAAUUCUGUUUAGUUCCGUGAUCAAGACAAGACUUACCCUGUGCUCAAUCUUGAUCUUCUGUCAAUUCAAAUAUUGUCACCUUCAAACAUUAUCAUCGCUAUGAAGCUGCUCACAAAUGAAUGUGCUUGAUUUUCCUUGUAUAGGAUGACUGUCAUAGUUCACUGUUAUGUUUUCUCAAGCAACUUCAAAACUUACUUGCCCACAUCUUUAUUGUUAAAUUGUUGGAUGAGAGGUAUCUAAUAAAUUCUUUAACUUGAA